GAAAAAGGAAGAAGAAGAAAGGUUCUUAUUCUUAUUUCCAACGUAAUCGGAGUCGCCAUCCGGUUCGUUUCUCUGUAGAUUGAGGAAUUUGAGGUGAAACGGUUCUACUUCUACCGUAGAGAAUAUUCGUCAAAGAGGAAAGAAUCCGCAUUCUCUGCUCCUGAGAUUGCAAUAUUUUUCCCGAUCUCUGAAACAUCCAAACGAGAAAAAGGCUAGGAUCCUUCGCGUCAUGGCCACUCUUCCCUUUCGAUUGCUUCUCCGAAUUCGAAAGCGAAAGCAGGAGAAAGCAAAGGAAGAGAGGCCCUCGAUCAUUUUCGUCGCCGUCAACCCCGACCUUUGAACAAGCGCUUUGGACGACGUCCCACCACCACCCUAUGUCCUAUUUGAUCGAAUGGAGGCAGUCUCUGGACCUUCCCCGGUUGAGGUAGCGACUGCCAACUUCCUCGGCUACCUGACGGAGCGUGGUUUUUCGGCACAUUGAUCUGAGGAGGAGGCCUGCAGCGGAAGAUGCUCGGGUGCGACUGGUUUUGUUGGUCAAGAUCCUCUGUGUCCGACGGGGCAUGGGCGGAGUCGUGCUAUGAACCAAAGCUCUUCUCUUUGCCGUCUCCAGUUCCGUCGUGGCCUGCCGGGGAAGGAUUUGCGACAGGAAGAAUACAUAUAGGAGAAAUAGAGAUUGCUCAGGUUACUGAACUUGAGAAAGUUUGGAGCUGUACCUUGCUGCGAAGAAAGAACCAUGGUGUUACAGUUUACAAGCCAAUAAGAAUACCUGAUGGCUUCUACUGUCUUGGUUAUUAUUGUCAGCCAAAUGAUGAACCAUUGCGAGCCUCUCUUUUGGUGGCUAGAAAUUUGGGGUCAUCAAAAGAAGAAAAGAGUUUCACCACUGUGCUAGGUAUAGGUAAUCAUUACACAGCACCAAAAUCUCCUGCACUGCAAAAACCACUUAACUACAUCUUGAUUUGGAGGACAGAUGGAGGGAAUGGUUCAAACUACUCUGCAAGUGGUUACUUUUGGUUGCCAUGUCCACCAGAUGGCUAUAAAGCUAUGGGCUGUGUGGUUACUAACAACCCUGACAAACCUUCCAUUGAAGAAGUGAGAUGUGUUCGUGCUGAUCUUACUGAAUCCUGUGAGACUUGUUCUUUGAUGCUUGAAUUAUCCUCCUUCCAGGUCUGGAAUGUAAGACCUUUUAAGCGAGGUAUGUGGGAGAAAUCUGUUCCAGUCGGGACAUUUUUCUGCACUGCAUUAUGUAAUUCUGAAGCUGAACUGGGGAUAUCGUGUUUGAAAAAUGUUAAUCUUUGUCUUCAUGCUAUGCCCAAUCUAAAUCAGAUACAUGCACUAGUAAGAAAUUAUGGACCCACUGUUUUCUUUCACCCAGAUGAAAUUUAUCUGCCCUCUGCGGUGUCAUGGUUCUUUGAAAAUGGAGCUCUCCUGUACAGAAGAGGUUAUGCAAUAGGUGAAACUGUUGAUUCUAAUGGUUCUAACUUGCCUUGUGGUGGGUCAAAUGAUGGUGAAUACUGGAUAGAUUUACCAUGUGAUGACCGGAGGCAUUAUGUCAAACUCGGAAAUAUAGAGAAUGCAGAGUUGUAUGUACAUGUGAAGCCUGCACUUGGUGGAACAUUCACUGACAUAGCAAUGUGGGUGUUUUGUCCCUUUAAUGGCCCUGCUACUCUGAAGGUUGGCCUCAAAAGCAUACCACUUGGAAAGAUUGGACAACAUGUUGGUGAUUGGGAGCAUUUUACUCUCAGGAUUAACAACUUUACUGGUGAACUCUGGGGCAUCUAUUAUUCUCAACACAGUAGCGGUGAAUGGGUGGCGGCGUAUGACUUGGAGUAUAUUGAAGGGAACAAAGCUGUAGUUUAUUCAUCAAGGAAUGGACAUGCUAGCUUCCCCCGUCCAGGGAUAUACCUUCAAGGAUCAAGCACGUUGGGGAUAGGUAUAAGGAAUGAUGCUGCUCGAAGUGAUCUUUAUGUGGAUUCCAGUGUCAAGUACAAGAUUGUAGCGGCAGAGUAUCUUGGCGAUGGCAGCAUGGAAGAGCCAUGCUGGGUUAACUAUAUGAGAGAAUGGGGUCCCAAAGUUACAUAUAACUCUAGAGUAGAACUCGAAAAGAUCAUUGGUCUUCUACCAGUUACGAUUAGGUUCUCUGUCGAGAAUAUUUUCAAUCGGCUACCAACAGAGCUAUAUGGUGAAGAAGGCCCAACAGGACCCAAAGAAAAGGACAAUUGGGUAGGAGAUGAGAGAGGUUAACAUUCAACUGUCGUUUCACAAAAGAUAGGUUUCAUUUUCCCCCCUUGCCGGCACAUAAUGGAUGGGGAAAAGGUUGAUUGUUUAGUAGUUUUAUCAACCUAACUACUUCUGUUUGAAGUGCAAGUCACUCCCUUGUGUAGUUCAUAUAAUUGAGUGUAAAUGUUAAAUGUAUUUGUGAAAACGAUAGUCAAAUACAAGAUGAUUAUGUUUGCACGUCUUAGAAUAUCUCUAUCUUAAUGAGGGAAUAUGAGGUCUGAAUUUCUUCUCAAAGA